AUGAAUCCUGCCCUGCCUUGGAUCAUUCCUCUUGGAUGUGUGCUGCUGCUGACAAAGGCAGCUGAGUGCUUCAUCUUGCCCAACUCGAGUCACCUGGAGAACAUCCUGAGUAAAUAUCAGGAUGGGGAAGCUCACUCCAGGUCCAAGAGAGCCAUUCUAUUCUCAGACAGACAGGAGAUACUGAUGCUCCACAACAAAUUGAGAGGUCAGGUGUAUCCAGUGGCCUCUAACAUGGAAUACAUGACCUGGGACGAGGAGCUGGAGCGCUCAGCACACGCUUGGGCUCAGCAGUGCAUCUGGGACCAUGGGCCCAGCGACCUCAUCAGGUCGAUUGGGCAGAACCUGGCGGUUCACUGGGGCAGGUAUCGAUCUCCAGCGUUCCACGUGCAGUCCUGGUAUGAUGAAGUGAAAGAUUACACGUUCCCAUACCCCCACGAGUGCAACCCGUGGUGCCCAGAGAGGUGUACAGGUGCCAUGUGCACACAUUACACCCAGAUAGUCUGGGCCACGACCAACAGGAUUGGCUGUGCUGUGAAUGUCUGCAAGCAGAUGAAUGUGUGGGGAGAGAUCUGGGAGAACGCUGUCUACCUAGUCUGCAACUACUCCCCCAAGGGCAACUGGAUCGGAGAAGCUCCGUACAAGACCGGCCGUCCCUGCUCCGAGUGCCCGCCGAGCUACGGGGGGAGCUGCCAGAACAACCUCUGCUACAAAGAUCACCGUUAUGAAGAUCCCAUCCUUGCCGAGACAGACGAGACCAACGAGGUGGAGAUUCCGCAGGUGGCGGAGCAGAAGCCGGUGCAGUUCCACCUUCCAGAAAACAAACCCAGCAAAACCAUCAAGUCCAAGAAAAUCACCCCAGAAUCCUACAUGACACAAGUCAUUACCUGUGAAACCAAGAUGAGAGACAAGUGCAGAGGCUCAACGUGCAACAGGUAUUUGUGCCCAGCUGGCUGCUUGUACAGUAAGGGAAAGAUCUUUGGAACAUUUUAUUACGAAAGUUCCUCCAGCAUAUGUCGUGCUGCAAUCCAUUAUGGAAUCCUGGACAACAAAGGAGGGCUGGUGGAUAUCACGAGGAGAGGGAGGACACCUGCUUUUGUGAAGUCCACCAGGAACGGUGUGGAGUCAUUCAGGAAAAGCAAACCUUCAAAUGCAUUCAUGGUUUCCAAAGUCACAACACAGACUCUGGAUUGUUACACCACAGUAGCUGAACUGUGCCACUUCAAAAAGCCAGCGAGCCACUGCCCAAGGAUUUACUGCCCAGCCCACUGUAAGGACGAGCCGUCGUACUGGGCGCCGGUGUUUGGCACCAACGUUUACGCGGAUAGCUCCAGUAUCUGCAAAACUGCAGUGCACGCAGGGGUCAUUUCAGAUGAGAGAGGAGGCUUUGUGGACGUGAUGCCUGUAGAAAAGAAGAAAACCUACGUUGGCUCCUUAAGGAACGGCGUCCAGUCAGAGAGCUUGAAGAAUCCUUCAGAUGGGAACGCCUUCCGAAUCUUUGCUGUGAAGCAGUAAACCCCCAGGGAAGGUGCAGGUUUCUUUGGGAGAGCUCUCUCUGCUGAUCUCCAGAGAUGCCAAAGCUCCUCUGAACGGCAUCAGCUCUGCCCGUACCCUCCUCGCCGAUCUCCUUCAGGGAAUUCCAAAAGAAAAGGGGGGAAAAAAAAAACCAAACCAAAAAACCCCAAAAAAAGACCCCAGGUUCUGACUCAGCUGUUGGCAUCUCAUCGCACCCGUGCAGCGUUGUAUCUUUUUGUCUCGUGUCUUUGUUUCUCUAGGGGCAUUCAGCGACCAUAAACUGUUCUAAGUUUCAUUUUACCAGAGGUGUUGCUACGCAGGAUGGCAGUGGCUCCAUGAGCAGCAGAUUCAGGGAUCUCAGCCUGGCCCUGGAUGGUGUUUUUAGGGUGUGAAGCUUCUCCUGAGAUGGGUGUGAGGAUGAGCAGACUCGGGAGUGAGCGGCUGUCCAGCCGCUGGACACUUUGAAAUGAGAAACUCAUUGAAAAAUUGCAUAGUUGGGGGAGAGGAUGGGCUUUGACAGAGUGAUUUUGUGUAUGUUGCAAAAAAAUGUUGGUUUCUGUGCAAAAAAAGGAUAAAAAGUGGUGUUUUCCCACUGAGGUGACGUGCAGCAGCACUGCUGUGUGAGGCUGCUGGGUACCUCGAAUGAUGGGGUUUGGGGAUGUUCUUGGCAGCCAAAAUUGAGGUUUUGUGGGCCUGGAGCAGGGUGUAAAAAGGUGGCAGAGAUCCUCCCUGCAGAAAAUGAGGCCACCAGUUCAUCCAAAGAGCAGGUUUGGUGUUUGCUGGUCAAACACUCCCAGGUAUUUUGCAAGUCUGGCAAUCUCUGAGCAGUCAGAGAAUUGGGGCUCCUGUGCUGGCACAUCUCAUCCUAUACUCCAUGCCAUAAUUCAGUUAAAGGCAGUGUAUUGGUUUAUACAGCAGUGCUGGUUGUUUUAUAGUAGUUGAGUAGCGAAAAAAAUAAUCUUAUUUCUGCUAGGAAUGGUUGCAUCUGUAAAAAGCAGGUUCACUUUCCCUUUGUGAAGCUCCUCGUGGUGUGUGCAGUUUUGAGACUUUAAAGAUGCAGCAUAAAUUGGGGUAAUUAUUUUUUCCAGGAAUUUCCAAUUGUGAAGACCAAUAGAUCCCCACUUUCAUUGCAAAUGCUGUACCCAUGAGCAUUUGAUAUCCAGGAUGGUAGGUUUUGCAAAACUCAUAAGGUGUUGUAAUGGUGUUAAUUCCAUAUUUUGAUAUUUUUGUCUUGACGUGUACCAAAAUGCAUUUCAAAGCCAAGAGAAGGGCUCAGCAUGAGCUGCUUUUUUAAGGCA